AUGAAUAGGAUACUUUCAAGAUUUCUAUGGCAAUUUGCCCUAGUAUAUAUUGAUGACAUAGUGAUCUAUAGUGUUAAGUUUGAAGACCAUUGCAAUCACUUAGAUCAAGUCUUAGGAGCUAUUGAAGAAGCUGAAAUCACCCUAUCUCCAAAGAAAUGUCACAUUGGAUACCAAUCACUACUAUUGCUAGGACAGAAGGUAUCAAGAUUAGGUCUAUCAACCCACAAGGAAAAAGUUGAUGCUAUCUUAGAGUUGGAACCCCCUAAAAAUGUUCCUACCUUACAGACUUUCCUAGGGAUGAUGACUUAUUUCUCUAGCUAUAUUCCCUUCUACUCAUGGAUUGUAGCGCCUUUGUUCAAGCUUCUCAAGAAAGGAACAGCUUGGUCUUGGGAGGAAAAGGAACAACAAGCGUUUGAACUUGCUAAAGAGGCCCUUGCAUCUGCUCCAGUAAUGGCUUAUCCUAUUAUUGGAAAACCAUACAGAUUAUAUACAGAUGCAUGCAACUAUGGCCUUGGAGGAAUAUUACAGCAAGUCCAAUCCAUCAAGAUAAAAGACCUAAAGGGGACAAAGGCAUACAAGUACUUAAGGGGGGAAUAUGACAAAGGAAACCCAGUUCCCAGAAUGACAAUUCCUGCUUCCAAGCAGAGAGACAACGUGACUGGGGGGGAUACAUGGGAUAAGCAAGACUUUGAAGAAACAACUGUACAAGUGGAGCGAGUCAUUGCUUAUUGGUCAAGGAUUCUAAAAGAAGCAGAAAGAAACUACUCCCCAACAGAGCGCAAAGCAUUAGCCCUCAAGGAAGCACUUGUGAAAUUUCAGGUAUACUUGGAAGGAGCUGAAUUUGUUGCUAUCACAGAUCACGCCGCUCUCACUUGGAGCAAGACUUACAAUAAUGUCAACAGAAGACUCAUGACAUGGGGCUUAGUAUUCUCAGCCUACCCAGGAAUGCAAUUGUGCACCGCGCAGGAAGACCCUCUGGCAGAUCAAUCAACUCCACUCAAGCUCAAUAUGGAGGAAGACCCAUUAAGAAACCUCUACAAGGAGAUAAAUGAACGUUUUGAAGAGAAACUUCUUAGAGUUGCAAGCGCAUUCACCCAGAGUUACAAAAUUGGAAAUAGCCAGAAGCCCAUCAAGAAGUGGAUACCCACACCGGCAGAAGCUAUAUCUUAUCAAACAACUACCUCAUACUCUGUGGAAAUAUCAAUAAACUCAGAAGAAAUCACAAGGUUCAUAGAAGCAUACAAGAAGGACUCCCAUUUCAAGCAAAUAGGAGAUAAUGGAUUGAUCUACUUUAUAGAUUCCCAGGAAAAGUAUCGGCUAUGUGUACCUAGGGAUCUACAAGUAGAUAUUUUGAAGGAAAAUCAUGAUAACCUCAAUCAAGGAGCACAUGCGGUUAUGCUAAGACAUAUCAUCGAAUUGCUUCUGUUUACUAUUGGCCUAAGAUGGCUAGAAGCAUUCAGAAAAGCAGGACAUCGACGGCAUGGACCCAGAGGAUUCCUUCAACCUUUACCUAUUCCACAGCAACCCUUUGAAGUAGUAUCAAUGGACUUCAUCAUGGAUCUUCCACCAAGUAACAACUACAACGCUAUCCUAGUUAUUGUGGACAAACUAACUAAGUAUGGACAUUUCAUCCCAUGUACUACUCAGAUAGAUGAAGUACAAACAGCGCAACUGUUCCAUGAUCACAUAUGGUGUCACUAUGGUUUACCUUGGCAAGUAAUCACUGAUAGAGAUGCUAGAUGGACAGGAGCCUUUUGGGGUCACUUAGUUAGUAUGUUAGGAAUUUGGCAAGCACUCACCACUGCACAUCAUCCUCAGAGUGAUGGACAAACAGAGAUACUUAAUCAAACUACAGAAGUGGCUAUUAGAGUAUUCACUAACCCAGCCAAGGACAAUUGGAGUAAGCUUCUAUCAGGAUUUGCGCACUCAUACAAUACAAGUGUGCAUACAUCCACACAACAGACACCAGCCUUCCUACUCCGCGGAUUCCAGCCUCUAACAUCAGCCAACUUACUGGCUCUCACUUCUGAGAACAUUCCAAGACCAGCCCAAGAAAGUCAAACAGCUGAAGAAUUCAAGGAAUCCAUGGAAUUAGCACGAUCACUAGCUAAGGACGCUCUCAAAGUAGCUCAGAAUUAUCAACAGAAAUACUAUAAUUCUGACAAGACACAUGUUACCUUUGAGCCAGGAGAUUUAGUCUUAAUCAAUCCCCAUUCCUUAAACUUACUCAAACAUCAGUCAGGGAAAGGGAAUAAGCUAAAUAUGCGUUAUGAAGGACCAUUUGAAGUUAUGGAAAGCAUAUCACCAGUAGCAUAUAGGAUAAGAUUACCUGCUAGCUAUCGCAUACACCCAAUCAUUAACAUAGCCCACUUGGAAUCUUACAAGGCAUCACCCCCAGAGUUUGGAAGCCGACCCACUCAGAAUAUACCUAGAGAAGACUUCCAACAGAUGCCUGAAUAUGAGGUGGAAAGGAUAGUAGAAGAAAGGACAAUAAAGAAAGGCAACAAGAGAAUCAGGCAGUACAAAAUCCGUUGGCUUGGGUACAGCUCAGAACAUGAUAGAUGGAGGACAGAGAAAGAAUUAAGGAAUGCUCCAGAAGUAAUCAAAGAAUGGAAGCAAACCUCUGGCUCCACUAUCCAUCCCAAUCACAAGAAGAAGAAGGAGUUCUAA